AUGGUCAACUUCUUUGCGAGCUCCAAGUGGAGGCUAUCACUGUGCUUGGUAUGCAAGAUGUUUGCCAGACGUGUUGCUAAACAUCAUCUUUGUAUGCUCAACGGUCAAAUGUUCAGCAGACCCGGAAUGGGACAACACUUGGACAGUCCACACUUCCCCUAUCGCUUCGCAACAGGUCUCAAUGCCCAACUAGAACAUAUGGAUGACCUGAUCACCAACUACGAAGCACAACCCCAACAACUUGCGGUAAUGCUGUCACGAAUAACACGACUGGAUGUAUUCUCAAUCGGUCCCGCACCAAUCACAGAGUAUGAGACAGAAGUAACAACAUUGUUUGAUGUCGUCAAUAACACGCUACGCAAGUUGACAUUGCGUUCCCCAGAAGACACUGAUGAAUCUCUGCCCACACUGCUAGAAUACAUCAAUCGCAACCAAUAUCCACAACUAUCAAUCAUCUCUAUACACUUUCUCGAUCACAUUCAAGGACAUGAUCAUAUACUGUCGAUGCUGGAGCACACCGCGCCAACUCUGACCAAGGUCAGCCUCUUUUCAACGUUCAACACGAGACACAUCGAAAUGGAGGUGUCGAACGAGUGCAAGGAGACCACCACAAAGUUCUUUGAGCGAUUCUUUGGCAUCCUGUCCAAUGCGCCAAGUCACAUUCACUCACUCCACAUUAAGAAGCUGUACUUGGGCGACCUUAGACCAUUCCUUCAAGGACUGUCCACAAUGCAACACAUCAAGAAACUCAAAUUAUUCACAUUUCCAUUCUACUCGUCGACAAAGAUGGCCGAAUUUAACGCUGGACUCAUCGACUAUGUAAAGUCUCGCGACAUUCGCAUACUCAGCACACCUUUUCCUGUGAGUGCAGACUUGCUCGCGACCAUCUUUGCCAAGCCCAGUAUCUUCCAGUUGCGCAUGUCACCUCUGGUCAUGUCCAAGGUGCCGUCAACACUCAGUAACCUAUCCCUACGCAACGAGAUCCCACCUGCAGCAUUCACAUCAUUCAUCACACUGAAUCCAACAUCCAACCUGGUGCGACUAUUCCUGUUUGAUCAUCGACACUACCUGACCGCCGACAACUUUGAUCAAUUCCUCGACUUUGUUUGCACCAGCAAGUCAUUGUCCAGUAUAUUCUUUGGCGACUACCUAUUCCUCACGGAUGAUCAAAAGUCCAAAUUGAUUCCAGUGUUGGUGCGCGAUACCAACCUACACUCGAUACUAAUUGGCAUCACGGAUCCAGAUGAUGUCGAGUUGGACCUUGAGCAGAACGAUAUUUUGGAGUCUCGCACUGCCAAGGAACUUCCUGACACUGGUGACUUUGUCGGUCAAUAUCAAAAACAUUCAUGGUCCUACAACUUCCACAGAAUCAUCAAAGGGUCACAUUAA